AUGGUCACGUUCCAGGACGUCGUCGUCCCAGAGGAGAACGUGGUCGGUGCCGUUGGCGAGGGUUUCAAAGUUGCCAUGAAGGCGUUCGACAUCACUCGCCCUUUGGUCGCUGCCGGAGCUGUUGGCGUUGCUCAGCGUGCUCUUGAGGAGGCCACCAAGUAUGCCCAGGAGCGCAAGACCAUGGGCACCAAGAUCAUCAACCACCAGGGUGUUGGUUUCAUGCUUGCGGACAUGGCGAUCAAUGCCGAGGCUGCUCGCGCUCUGGUCUGGCGCUCGGCGUGGGCCAAGGAUGCAGGGCAGCGCAACACCUACCAUGCGUCAAUUGCGAAGUGCUUUGCCAGCAAGGCCGCCGUUGAGAAUGCCAACCUCGGCGUGCAGGUCUUUGGCGGCAUUGGCUUCAACACGGAAAUGCCCAUGGAGAAGCUGUACCGCGACGCCAAGAUCUUUGAACUCUACGAAGGCACCUCUCAGAUCCAGCGUCUCAUCAUUUCACGUCACCUGCCUUCCAUCUACCCCGCGUAG